AUGCCCCCCGUGCCUCCAGCACACACUCUGUGCCCCCUGCGCACCCCACGCCCCCCCGCUCCCCCCCUGUCACAGGAAGACAAAGAGGAAAUAGAGCAGGAAGGUGAUGAAGAAAAGGAGGAGAAAGAUGAGGAGAAGAAAAACUCAUUGCACAUAUAA